AGAAAACACUGAUAGAUUGAAAUAGCGUCAUACUUCCUUGGACUAUAUGUUAGUGAAAGCGAAGCUGACGACACGUGAUACCCAAGGCUGUCUGUCUCUUUCAUCCCCUCACCUCCCCACAUUCACAUACUCCGUGUUCAUAUCAGACAUCACCGGAACUUGCCUUCCAACCCAAUCCAAUGAACAGAUCCAACCCCGCUCAGCACGUCCUCAACACCCCCGAGCUCCUCGAACUCAUCCUCACCCAGCUCGACCUCCGCACCCUCCUCACCUCCGCCCAGCGGACCUGCCGCACCUGGCACACCCUCAUCCGCACCUCCCUUCCCCUCCAAGAAGCCCUCUUCUUCCACCCGAUUAAAUCUGGCCACAAUGCCCCAUCCCACGACUCAACAACCACCCCUACCAUAAACCCUCUCUUACAAUGGGCCUUCCCGCAGUUCCUCUCUCAGCCCCCCUCUGACUACUACCCCUCUAGCCUGAACCCCUUCGACGACCUCACUUCCCUCGCCCACCGCGCCAAGCAUCCCGCCUACCUCCGCCCGGAAGCCAGCUGGCGCCGCAUGCUCGUGCAGCAACCCCCGGCCCGCUCCGUGGGGGUGCUGACCGCCUCGCAUGGUCCGUUUGGAAGCGAACUCGGCCUGGAAAGCUGGGUAGGUAUCCCCCUCUAUCCCCUACACCAACAGCACCCAAUCUAUAAGGUUGACAUGCGCAUGAACCUGGUCUAUUCGCGGGGAUGAAGAACCA